AUGUCGAGUUUAAGGUGCGCCGUAUACGUCGCGCCGCCGAUUCCCAUCAUCGACAUCUUUACCAAAACCAAAGGAAAGACGUGGUCGCCAACAUCAUGCACGUUGGUGUACUCGGACGAGGCAGCUGUGCUUGUGGACACACCAUACACAAAUGCCCUCACAGAGGACCUGAUUGCAUGGAUCGACAAGAUUGCGCCCGGACGAAGGCUCGAAUACAUUUACAUCACCCACGGCCACGCCGACCACUUCAUCGGCAUCCCCCAGCUCCUCAAGCGCUUUCCAGAGGCAAAGCCCGUAUCUACAGCAGCGACUCUCCGCCAUAUGGAAAAGGACAUCGCAGAGCCGAGAUGGACAGAAACAUGGGAGGCCUUUUUCCCGGGCCAGCUACGCAAACCCGACAGGCUCACCGACCCGCUGCCGGCGAGCAACGAGUUUUUCCUGCAAGACCGCUGGCGCUUCCAGGCCAUCGAGGUGGGACAAUCCGACACAUACGAUUCCACCGUACUUUGGGUUCCGGAUCUGAAGCUCGCCGUGUGUGGCGACGUCGUCUACGGACAGGUGCACCAGAUGCUUUUCGAAGCCAACACAAAGUCGAAGAGGGACGAGUGGAUUCGGGCCAUUGAGAUGGUCGAAGCAUUAAACCCUGCCUAUGUCGUUCCCGGGCACAAGCAGGCGGAGGAAAUGGAUGGUGUAUGGCACUUGGCUGCUACAAAGAAGUAUUUGGUCGAUUUUGGAGACGUGAUGGACAAGUCGCCCAAGGACUGGACAGAGGUUCGCGACGCCAUGUUGAAGCUGUACCCUGACAGGUUCAACCCGAUGGUUCCUGUUUUGAGUUCCCUUGGAGCGUUCAAGGCGCUGGAGGAAUCUCGACUUUAA